CUUCACACCGCUUUUCCUCUCCUGCUCACGGGUCUGGUCGACCUCAGGAUGCUGCGACGAAAGCCAACGCGCCUGGAGCUGAAGCUCGACGACAUUGAAGAGUUUGAGAGCAUUCGCAAGGACCUGGAGGCCGCCCGUAAGAAACAGAAGGAAGCCAUGGAAGGUGCGGGAACCAGCGGCGGCGGAGGAGCUGCCGGGCCCAGCGGUGACCCCAAAGGCCCUGAACAAGUGAUUAAUGAUCCAACUGGCUCUAAAUCCCAACUCAAGAGCGACAACCGCACAUCUCAGUUUGGAAACUGA